AUGGACUCUGCAGAAUCUGAAUGGUCUAAAGAGAAACCUUCACCUGAUACUUCUUACCUUACCAGAAUGGAUAAGUUGGAAGAGGUCUACCUCAAUGACCCCGAAAAUGACAACGAAGAUAUAUAUAGCGAAGUAGUACAAGCCUCCACUCCAUGGGCUCAUGAGUCAAAAGCGACGAUUACAGCACCUAGACAAGCAUAUUUUCCUGAUAAGAAGAAAUCUCUUCCCGGCUUCAAAUCCCAGAUCACCGGUACUACGAACUCUGCAGAACCUGACUUGCCCAACGAACAGAUUCCUUCUCUUUAUACUCCUACCCAUAUCGGAAAAAAUAAGUCAGAAGCGCUCGACAAAACCAAGAAUAAUGGCCGCGAUUCCAGCGACAAAGCAGCACUAACCUCUACUUGGUGGUCUAACCGAUGGUCUACUCGAUGGGCCCACGCAUUCGGAGCUACGAAUCCAGUACCCAACCAACACGACGAAAGCAGCCUUGAAAACCCAGAAAACUUACACUCGCCUCAAAAAGGAGUUUCCAAUCAAACCCUCACCGAUCACGACCAUAACACCAGUCUCACCGGAAGAAAAGGGAACAACGGUUUUGACAAAACAAAAACACUACUCGCCAGCCACCUCCGAGACCGCAUCGCCUGCAUGAACGGGAAUAAAUGUCGUACCGAUACUCAGAGCAGUUACAGUGAGGAUCUCACACAAGACUCUGCACAAAUAUAUGAAGAAGGAGCAGAAGCCUUCAUCGCAUGGGCCAAGAAACUAAUUCUCGAAUCCGAAGGACCGAACCGACGAGUCGACGACUGGAUGAUCAUGGGAUUUAUCGACGCCACAUUUUUGCAGGCGGAAAUUGGGGAGAAAAAACCGCGUUUGUAUGGGGAAUGGGAUUAUUUGUGGGCGAUGGAGAGGGAUGAUGUUGUGGGGGAUGAAACACGUGUUUUUGGGGAGGGGGCUCGAAGUUCUGGUUUGAGGUCGAGUAGGGUGUUGAGGAUUGGAAAUGGUGGUUUGGGGAGUGGAGGAAAGUGCCGGGGUUUAUUUGGGAGUGGAAACCGAGAGAGGAGGUUUGGCCGUGGCAACGGAGAUAUUGUCUGA